ACCCGGUAAACCCACUGCUGCAUUGCUAUCUAGAUAAUGACCAUGCUGACUUCGUUUUUUCUGUUCUUUCUUUGCAUCAACUGCCCUUGGCUAUAGUCUGCUGCUCGUUCUUGGAAAGCUUACUACACCGUGCUCAGUGGCCAACUACUCCGCUUUUUCAAAGACAAGAGAGAAUUUCAACAGCGUAACCCCUCAGCCCCAGCAAUCAACAUCACAGGCGGCCACUGUGAAGCGGCCACGGAUUACACAAAGCGGAAAACGUGCUGCGGCUAAAACUUCACAACGGAGCAGAAUACCUAUUUUUGGCCAACGACGGUGCAGAACGGCAACAGUGGGUCAGCAAGUUGCAGUUGAUGGCUGCACAAGGGAAGACAGACAGCGAUGGCGAUGAUGACGAUCUACCCGGGGUCUCCCCUGGUCGGUUCAGCGCUGCUCUGGCAUCACCAAGUUCACCCACAACCCCCGUGACACCACUCUCGGCUUCUCUACCGGCGUCUGCAUACCUUUCACACCAACAUCAGCAACAACAACAGCAACAACAGCACAGAUCUGCGUCACCACAGCACAGGUCAAUCUCACCGUUAGCAGAGAGUCUGCCGUCCACAUCACCCCUAAGUGCUGGCGGUCCUGGUGGUGGUCCUGGUGGUGGUGGAAGUGCUGGUGGAGCUAGCGAUACUCAGAGACUCUCACACGACUCCCCGUCAUCAUUACGGCCCAGCAUGGAUACCGGAUCAAGUCCAAUGUCGCACGUGCCACCACCCUCAGCGGCCCCAGCAGCAGGCAGCAGUGCACCGGGGGUGAGCCGAGGGGGUACUUCACCAUUGCAGCACACACCCUCACAGUCACAUGCACAGCCACCACCAUCCUCUGCUGCCAGUGCAACAGCAGGUAGUAGUGCUGCGAGCGGCUCACAGUGGCCCAGCACAAAACAAGUAGCAUCAUCGGCACCGCCGGCCACAGCAGCAGCAGCAGCAGCGGCAGAAGCAGGUACUCCAGCGGACGGUGGUAAACCCGGUGUCGCUGAUGUUGCUGCUCUGGCACUGGACAGUCGCAAGAAGAAAGGCCGGCUUGGCUCCAUAUUUGGACGCAAGGAUAAGAAGUAAAUCCAAUGUCGGACAGGCCCGGUACUGGAACAAGACCAACAUUUGUCUAGUAACUGUUUUCCCUUCUUUUCUACCGCUUCUGGUAGAAUAUUUUAAUAGAUUUUUUUAUCACCAACUAUAUUUCCCUCAACCAGUGAAAAAAUAUUUUUAUUCGCCGUCUGCUUGCAUCUUCCCAGUGCAAUGUUGUGUCCACUUCUCUGUAGAAUCAUGUUGGCUUUCCUCCUCCGUUACUUGUAUUGCGCCGCAGUGUACUCACGGCUGGCCCUGUGCUGGCCCUCAGUGCUGCUGACGUUUCGUAGCUUGCUCUUUUUUGCAUUUCCCCAGGCUCGAGUGGGUAUUCUCAUUUUCAUUCUAUGCUACUUCUUUCAUGUCAGCGAAUACCUGUUAUGUUCAACAGCUCUGUUGAUUGUAGUUUCCAAGCAGUGACUGGAAAGCUGGUCUACGGAGUCCUCUGUUGCUGGUGCUAAUCAGGGAAUCGUAUCUUUAUGA